AGCUCACCAUUUCUCCGCUGCUCCUAUCACUAAAAACAUAAUGGGGCAAGCAGACGUAACCGAAGGAUUCAAUAACAUCACAAUCGAUGUAUCGGAUUCACUGGUGAAAAGCCUGGAAGACAAAUUGCAGAAGCUUCCUCCUUUGUCCAGUAAAUGCAGCAUUUCUAGAGUUCCUGUUCUUCUACGAGAACGAAAUGAGAAAGCCUUCACUCCUCGAGAAAUUUCAAUUGGUCCACUUCAUCACAACAAUGGAAGCCUCAAACACAUGGAAGAACACAAACUGAGGUUACUAAGGGACUUUCUGUCACGAGCAAAGGUAAGCCUACGUGACUGUGUUGAACUUUUGGAGAAGAAAGAAGUGUAUCUACGAAACUGUUAUGCAGACCCCAUUGAAUUUGACAGUGACAAGUUUAUUGAGAUCAUUCUGGUAGACUCCGCUUUCAUUCUUGAACUAUUCUUCAGAAAUAUCUCAGGUAAUAACCAGUUGCAGGAUCAGUAUGAUCAUUUUUUGGCGGCCCAUGGAAGCUACGACAUUCCCAGAAAGAACGAUGUUCGGCGUUCAGCAAUCAUGCUAACCUACGAGUUCUUCAAAAGGAAGUUGAAUCUGCUAGAUAUGGAUAACUUCAAUGUUGAGGAAAAAAAUUUGUUAUGUCCCUCGAGUUCUUCCAAGCAAAAACAAACUAAAGUGCGUGACUAUGCCGAGGGCAACGAAGUUACGCGAAGCUGGAGUGAAGUUCAGGUGAAGAGCAGUGGGAAUCCAUUUGAUAUCAAAUUCAAAGAGGGGGUGUUAGAAAUCCCACGGUUGAGAAUUAAAGAUGACACAGAGAUUCUUCUGAGGAAUCUGAUUGCAUACGAACGUUGUCACUUGCACGAUAAUUAUGUGAAUGACUUCGUGUUUAUCCUGGAUCGUCUGGUAGAGACACCGGGUGAUGUGGAGUUGCUGACGCAUUGUGGGGUUAUUGAGUCAAAAUUAUCAGGAACUCAACAAGUGGCUUCUCUGAUGAAUAACCUUUGUCCAGGAGUAACCAUGGCGAGAAGAAGGUUCUACUUCUCAGAUCUAUGCGAGGAGGCGAGUGAUUAUUGCAGAGUGCCUUGGCAUAAAUGGAGGCUAACUCUGAAAGAGAACUAUUUUAGUAAUCCCUGGGCCAUCAUCUCUGUGGUUGCAGCAAUUUCCCUUCUUCUACUCACCCUCGUGCAGACUGUAUAUGAAGUUAUCUCCUAUUAUUUUAAGUAGAAGGUGUGAGCUUCCCUCCCUAGGAUCCAUCAAUUACGUACGAACAUGUAUGUGUUUGUGCCUCU